GAGAACCGAGCAGAAGAGGAUUGAAAUAUUCCAGGUUGACAGAAGGAGCCGUUGCAGUCAAUUGGAAGCCUUCCUUUUUCAGAGCAGCAAAAUGGGCAAAAAGAGUCGAGUGAAGACCCAGAAAUCGGGGAUUGGGGCCACAGCUGCGGUCUCCCCCAAAGAGAUGAUGAAUUUAAUAUCUGAAUUGCUUCUGAAGUGCAGCAGCACUGCUCCUUCUCCUGGGAAAGAGUGGGAGGAAUAUGUUCAGAUCCGAACCUUGGUGGAGAAGAUCCGCAAGAAACAGAAAGGGAUGUCGGUGGAGUUCGAGGGCAGCAGAGAGGACUUUUUCUCUGAACUGAUGGCCUGGGCCGCAGAGUGUGGAGCUUCUUGUGAUGGGUUUGAGAUUUCCAACUUUGCUGAUGAAGGAUAUGGCCUGAAGGCAAACAGAGAUAUCAAGGCAGAGGAGCUGUACCUGUGGAUCCCUAGAAAAAUGCUGAUGACAGUGGAAUCCGCCAAGAACUCUGUCCUUGGACCUCUGUACGGUCAGGACCGCAUCCUCCAGGCCAUGGGAAACGUGACUCUGGCUCUUCACUUGCUGUGUGAACGGGCCAAUCCCAGCUCACCCUGGCUUCCCUAUAUCAAGACCCUGCCCGGUGACUAUGACACACCCUUGUACUUUGAGGAGGAGGAAGUGCACCACCUGCUGGCCACACAAGCCAUACCAGAUGUGCUCAGUCAGUACAAAAACACAGCGCGGCAGUAUGCUUACUUCUAUAAAGUCAUCCAUACUCAUCCGAACGCCAGCAAACUGCCCUUGAAGGAUGCCUUUACCUUUGAUGACUACAGGUGGGCUGUGUCCUCUGUGAUGACCCGUCAAAACCAGAUUCCCACAGCAGACGGAAGUCGGGUCACACUGGCCCUCAUCCCACUCUGGGACAUGUGCAACCACACCAACGGCCUGAUUACGACUGGCUACAACCUAGAAGAUGACCGAUGUGAAUGCGUAGCUCUCAAAGAUUACAAAGAGGGCGAACAGAUCUACAUAUUCUACGGUACAAGAUCCAAUGCUGAGUUUGUGAUCCACAACGGUUUCUUCUUUGAAGACAAUGCACAUGACCGUGUGAAGAUCAAGUUGGGUGUGAGCAAGAGUGAGCGUUUGUACGCCAUGAAGGCAGAGGUUCUGGCACGUGCAGGCAUUCCUGUAUCCAGUAUCUUUGCCCUGCAUUGCAGCGAUCCGCCCAUAUCCGCUCAGCUCCUGGCCUUUCUGCGUGUCUUCUGCAUGACUGAAGAGGAACUCGGGGACUACCUGGUGGGCGACCACGCCAUCAAUAAGAUCUUCACCCUGGGCAACACCGAAUUCCCUGUCAGCUGGGAGAAUGAGAUCAAGCUGUGGACGUUCCUGGAAACACGCGCUGCACUGCUGCUCAAAACCUAUAAGACGACUUCAGAGGAGGACCGCUCCAUGCUAGAGAAGCCCGACUUGACCCUACACUCCCGCAUAGCUAUAAAACUGCGCCUGGCGGAGAAAGAGAUUCUCGAGCGAACAGCAUCCAGUGGACGCACCAAACGCCUGCACUUCCAAAAGCAACUGGAUGAGGGGGCACCGCUGCCUCUGUACGAAGAAAGCGACAUCGCCCUCCUGGAGAACGCAGACGCCAAACUUCCCAUCAUCCUACGCAAACUUGAAGAAGAGGAUGUGCGGGUUGAGGACGAGAUGAGCCUGGCCGAAAUCAAUCCCGAACCAGCCGGUCUAGACUCCUCAAAGACUCCGGUUCUUAACGGGGAGUGUAAAGAUCUCAAUGGUACACAAGAAGACGAACCAGGAAAUGAUGCAGUGCCAAAAGACAUCGGAGAGAGGGUAAAAGAGACCCCUGCACACCAAGACGACCUGAGUGGCAAACGAACUGAAGAUGAACCGGAAGAAGCUGGCGAAUAGUCGUAACCAUAGCACGGUAGCAAUCGCAGUUCCUGCUAUUUAUUUAUUUCAUUAAAAAGACUCACAAAUAGGAGCAAAAAGCUUUCUAAACAAAAAUGGCAGAGGAUUUCAGUUUAAUUUACAUGUUUUUUUUUUAUUAUUAAAUGCAGCUUAAGCAAGGAGUAUGAGCUAGCUCAAGCUAAGAAGUCUGUUGUUUUAUUUUGUGUUUUGAGUUUUUAAUCAGAGCCACAUUGGUUUCUUCUGUAGAAGCGUUACUCGUGCUGCCAGAAAGGGUUCCAAGUAACAAGGUAAGAAUGAAUACAAAACGUAAUGUAUGGACUCCUGUCUAGAUGAAGGCUCGCUUGGACCUCACAGAAUUAAAGAAAAAAUAUAGAUUGAAGACUUUAACAUGGUAACUUUGCCAAGGAUGUUUCUGUUUAGUUGUCUAAAUUGCUGACAAAGGGAAUUUUCUUCUCUCUAACAAGCCAUUACUGUUAGAUCACUCCAGAAACAUGCUUGUGUCAGUGUGUUGCUUGACAAUCAUUAUUCCUUUAUGUUUUGACACUGGUCUGUGAGGAUACAUCACUGACAGUGCUGCUUGCUAAUUGUUACCUGAGUGAAAAGGUUAAGACUUCAGGCCGCAAAAAAAAAAGAAAAACAUUUAUAUAUAUAUUUUUGUGCAAUUCAGAGAAUAGUAGGUGCAUUCCAGUCAAUAUUUUUAGUUUUGGAUUUGAACAUGGACAUUUUAACCUGAAACAGAAGAUGAGAGGUUUUUGGUAACCAUGAGGUUACUAGCUGUGAAUGUAGUUUAAAGUUUGUGUUAAAGAAAAACUAUUCACUUUUGAGUAUGUUAUAUACACUAGUUUUAAUACUUCUUUACCUGUGAGACAACUUAAAGGGUUAGUUCACCCAAAAAUGAAAAUUCUGUCAUAAUUUACUAACCCUCAUGCUUUUCUAAACCAGUAUGAUUUUCUUUUCUGCUUAGAACAAAAAAAUGGAGAUGUUAGGAAGAAUGUAGUCUGUCACCAUUCACUUUCAUUUGUAUCUUUUUUUUUUUUUUUCUCUUCCAAGCAUUUAUAGUGAAUGGUGACUAAGGCUGUCAUAUAGGUUUGGAACAACAUGUAGGUGAGUAAAUAAUAGCAGAAUUUUCAUUUUUGUAUGAAAUGAGAAUGAUAUUUAAGUGGUUUCAUAUGUGGAAACAUUGAUCAAGUAUAAAGUCCUUUUGCACAUAAAAUGCUCACCACAACAUAGACCCAACAUUUAAAUACCGAAACAUGGAGGAGCUUGUCUCUAAAUAAAUUUUAGCCUUUACCCAGUCACGUGAUUCAACAGGAGUGACUUGUAUUGGGCCGUGAGAUUUUUCUAAAAAUUGUCCCAACAUAAUGUUGUUCUUUUGGACUUGAAUAUACUCGAAACUGACGUUCAUGAAUGGUAUUUUGCCCAAUUUAACAGUACAGCUUCACUAGGCUUUUCCAAAAAAGAUUUUUUGAUUCUCAAAAGAUGUUCAAGUGUAUGGGACAUUGUCAACUGUUCUUGCUGCUUUGUAUAUAGAUUUAUAGCUUUGGAAAGCUUACAGCUUUAAUAAACUUGUUCUCAAUUCUUGAAUAAGUGAUCUAGACAUUAAGGAGAUACACUGUGGAUUGCACUGGCACGUAGUACUGUACGUCAGCAGACUGUAUAGAGCCAUUAGAAUCUGUCUACAUUGACAAGUCUGAGAUUAUAGUUCUGUGCAAUUUUCACUAGAAUCAAAUUAGGUGGAGUACUUCCUUUUAAAUCUUUGACCUGUCUAACUGUCAUUUAGGAGAGUCUUUUUUUUUAAACUCCCAUCAGAAGACAUAAGGGCACUUGUCCAUUUUCCUUUUAUUCUUUGUUUCAUUUGGUGGGAACAAAAGGUUUUAUUGAAAGUAUUUUUUCAUUCUUUGCCCCCCAAGCCCCAUUACAAAUUUAUAAAAGAAACAUUAUCUUGAAUCAUUUAAUUCGUGGCAAUUAAAUGUUGAAAUUCCACAUUCAUUAUUCAUGGGCUUCGAGAUAAAACCCCUUUAAUCCUUGAAUAGAUUAUUAUAAUGGGCGAUAGUGUGGGCAGUGGUAAACUCGGGCAGCCUUGCACAUGUCCGGUAUUGUUAGUAUUCUUCUUGUCAUGGCUGAGAGCAGGAGUGCAUGGAACUCCCUUUGGCCUGGGACCAUUGCACCAAAGUAAUUCUGCCUAUGAAUAAUACACACCACUUCUAUUAAUAUAGAAUUCCGUCAAGCCGCGGGCAGAGGGCCCAUUGUCAUGCAAUUAUUUAUCAAUACAUGUCACUGGUACCAUCCUUUAGAUGGCAGGAGGGGUGUUUCUUAGAAGGUUGGAAGGUCAUAUUUAUACUUUGUUAAAUAUUUUACAGUUGAAGUCAGAAGUUUACAUACACCUUACCCAAAUACAUUUAAACUCUUCACAAUUCCUGACAUUUAAUUGUAGAAAACAUUCCCCGCCUAUAUCAGUUAGGAUCACUACUUUAUUUAAAUAAAUUGAAAUGGCAGAAUAAUAGUAGAGAGAAUGAUUUAUUUCAGCUUUUAUGUCUUUCAUCAUAUUCCCAGUGGGUCAGAAGUUUAACACUAACAACACUUUGUUAGUAUUUGGUAGCAUUGCCUUUAAAUUGUUUAACUUGGGUCAAAUGUUUUUGGUAGCCUUCCAUAAGCUUCUCACAAUAAGUUGCUGGAAUGCUGGCCCUUUCCUCCAGACAGAACUGGUGUAACUGUGUCAGUUUUUUAUGCCUCCUUGCUCGCACAAGAUUUUUCAGGUGUGCCCACAAAGCCAUUUUGCCACAACUUUGGAUGUAUGCUUGGGGUCAUUGUCAAUUUAGAAGUCCCAUUUGCGACCAAGCUUUAACUUCAUGGCUGAUGUCUUGAGAUGUUGCUUAAAUAUAUCCACAUCAUUUUCCUUCCUUAUGAGGCCAUCUAUUUUGUGAAGUGCACCAGUCCCUCAUGCAGCAAAGUACCCCCACAACAUGAUGCUGCCACCCCUAUGCUUCAUGGUUGAGAUGGUGUUCUUCAGCUUGCAAGCCUCACCCUUUAUCCUCCAAACAUAAUGAUGGUCAUUAUGGCCAAAAGUCUAAAUUUUUGUUUCAUCAAACCAGAGGAAAUUUCUCCAAAAUGUAAGUUCUUUGUCCCCACGUGCACUUGCACUUGUCUGGCUUUUUAUGGUGGUUUUGGACCAGUGGCUUCUUCCUUGCUGAGCAGCCUUUCAGUUUUUGUCGAUAUAGGACUCGUUUUACUGUGGAUAUAGAUACUUGUCUACCUGUUUCCUCCAGCAUCUUCACAAGGUCCUUUGCUGUUGUUCUGGGAUUGAUUUGCACUUUCCGCACCAAACUACAUUCAUCUCUAGGAGACUUCCUGACUUCUCCUUCCUGAGCGGUAUGAUGGCUGCGUGGUCACAUGGUGUUUAUACUUGCGUACGAUUGUUUGUACAGAUGAACGUGGUACCUUCAGGGGUUUGUAAUUUGCUCCCAAGGAUAAACCAGACUUGUGGAGGUCCACAAUUUCUUUUCUGAGGUCUUGGCUGAUUUCUUUUGAUUUUCCCAUGAUGUCAAGAAAAGAGGCACUGAAUUUGAAGGUUGGCCUUAAAAUACAUCUACAGGUACACCUCCAAUUCAGUACACCUCCUAUCAGAAGCUAAUUGUCUAAAGGCUUGACAUCAUUUUCUGGAAUUUUACAAGCUGCUCAAAAGCACAGUUAACUUAGUGUAUGUAAACUUGUGACCCACUGGAAUUGUGAUUACAAUAAAAGUAAAACAAUCUGGUGUAAACUAUUGUUGGAAAAAUUACUCAUGUCAUGCACAAAGUAGAUGUCCUAAACGACUUGCCAAUAUUAUAGUUUGCUAAAAUGAAAUCUGUGGAGUUGUUAAAAAAAUUAGUUUUAAUGACUUCAACUUAAGUGCAUGUAAACUUUUGACUUCAGCUCUAUGUAGACAUGUAUAAAUUACUUGGUGAGUUGGUAGCUACACUUUUAAAGUCAACAUGAAAUCAAAUUCCAUGCACGUCAACCUACUUAUUUAAUGUUCCUAGUCUCGUGAUUGCAUGAUUGAUCAGUGUGUGUUCCAAAGAAAACUGAAAAUAUUUUCAUAAUCUUUCAUCACAAUAUAUAAACUUGUUAUCCCUCCGAAACAACUUUCUUUAUAUUUUAGGCCACUGUUCCGCUUUACUUAAAUAUUACAAAGAAGUAAUGUAAUAAACGUUUUACUUCACUGAAUAUCCUGUUUCACUCUGAAAUAUCACCUCACAGAAGACAAAUUGGUUGUGAAUGCCACUUUACAAAAUAAAGGUUCCUAAAGGAAUGGUUCACCACAAAAUAUAAAUGAUCUCAUCCUCAUGCUAUCCCAAACACUAUGACUUACUUUUUUCUGUGGAACACAAACCAAGAUUUUUUUUAAGGGAUAUUUAUAUGAUGUGUUUUUGUCCGUACAAUGAAAGUCAAAGACUUCCAAAACUUCCAAGUUCCAAAAAGGACAUAAAGGCAGAACAUAUGACUCCAGUGGUUUAAUCCAUGUCUUCUGUAGCGUUGUAAUAGCUUUGGGUGUAAAAAAGAUCAAAAUGCAUUAUUCACUAUUAACCUUUCCUAGCAAGUAUUUUGUUGAGCUAUUUUGCUAUGGUAGGCAGCACGGUGCUUUGAAAUAAGUGAAAUAAUUUGUCGACGUGAUAUGGAACUGUAUUGCAGUCAAGACCUGAUUAAGAUAAAGACCUGAUUAAAAAUAAUUCAACAAUACACCUUAUAGCUUCAACCAUUCAGAAUCAAGCAAUGCUGUGGUAUGAUUAAUGGUAACAGGCCGAAAAACUAAAGUAAAAGCGUAAUACAACCAGCACAACUUUUCUCCCAAAUAAAAUGAAUGGAGUACCUGUACUUUAUAAAUGCAUGUUUAUAUCAGACUAGUGAAUAAGUUCUGUGAAGUUCUUAUGCAUUUGUCCAAGUUCGAUUGUGCGACUGGAUGAUUAUUCUUAUAGCAAUAUGAAAACUGUGGGUAAGUUACGGGCACGUCCUGAUUCUGCCGAGUUAGACGCGUUAAGUCCUUUUUUACUAUCAAUCUUCACCUUUGAACAGCCCCAACCAGGUGGCUAAAUGUGAAGGUGAAGUCAAUUCCAUGUCAAAAUGUGGUUGUGAAAAUUAAAGCGUAGAUUUUGGGUAAAAUAUAUAUAUUUUUGUAUUUAAAUUUUUGACCUGUCACUCACCCACACCUAUCGUAUUGCUUCAGAAGAUUUAACCACUGGAGUGUCAUGGAUUAUUUUUAUACUGCCUUUGUUCCUUUUGGGCCUUUAAAAUUCUGGUCACCAUUGUGAGGGCCAACAGAGCUUAGAUAUACUUCUAAAAAUCUUUAUUUGUUUUCUAUAGAAGAAAGUAAUAUACAUCUGGGAUGGCAUGAGGGUGAGUAAACGAUAAGAUGAUUUUCAUUUUUAGUUGAACUAUCACUUUAAUACCAGGUGUAAAAGGGGGUCUGAUACACUUUUCUUGUAAAAUCAAAAACUUUUUAGAUCUGUAAACAGUCAUAGAUAUUGUUAACUUAAUAACCCUUAUAGAUGGUUCUUAAUGAAUAGCAUGUUCAGCAAUGAACCAUUGAGAAACUUAAUUUUAAUAGUGUGAAUUAUAGGUGCCCUACUUAAAAUGUUGUUAAAUUUCCCAGCACUUAACAAUGCAAAUGGAACAAAUUGUCUCAUGAAAGCUUUAUACAUUCAGUGAUAUCACUUCCUCUUAACCUAUUCGAGUUUUCUAAUGCUGAACUGUGUCUGGUCAUCUUGCUUUGUCAACUACCAUGUUGCUCUUCCAAAGAGCAGCUCUACAGUUUUUACAGCUGGUCUGCUUUGAAUUGAGUAUUAUUGGUAUAUUCUACAGCUUAUACCCGUGGGAAGAGUCCCUUAUUUGUAUUUUAAGCAUUAAGAUACCUCUCAGAACAGUUUGUUACAUAAGAAACUUGGUGGUCAGAAACUGUCUCCAGUUGGGGCUGUUUUCAUACUUUGCUGGUGAGAAAGACCAGGGUCGUUUUGUUUUUGUAUUAGAAUGCUUCAGUCUGCGUGGCUUCCGGGCUGUGGUUUCUCAGCUCUGAUUUAGUUAAUGCGACCAUUUCAGACCACACAUGGCUGGAAAGUGUUAACGGUCAUAUUUAUUAAGUGCUCUUGAACAAUCACAGAGAAACUGUCUCAUGUUGUCAUAGUCUUUAAUGUGGGCGCUGUUAGGUUUUUUUUUUUCUUUGUCCUCAAGUAAAGUGUGACUUUAUCAUGUAAUAGCUGUGGCUUAUCCUGACCAUGGGCACCCUUGCAUGUUAAACCAGUAUAUACAGUAAGAUGGUUUUAUGAGUGCAGUUUACAUUUAGAAGAAAGUUAAAAAUAUUUCUGAUGUUAAAAUUAUUUCUCAUAUCCCAAUUUAAAAAUGCACGCAGUAACUUUUUUGUUUGUCUUUUUGGAUUUGCAGUGACACCUAGCAGCAUGGAUGCAGCAUCAUUCAAAAUCAAAUAGUUUUCAGUCACAGAUGCCAUUGUAGAAAUUCACAAUUAACACUCCGAUUAAUUUUGUGGAAUCUGUUUUGAAAACCAUGAUUAUUUUUGCAAUUCCAUUUGGGGACUUAUGGGAAAUUACACACCGAGGCUUUCAUAUAUGCAGUUAUAUAUGUCUAUAAAAUGUCUUUUGACUGUAGCUUCUACUUCUGAAAAUCUGGCCCCUUGUCCACAGCUGAUAAAGUCAAUUUAGACUGUAUUUGCAACCCAUUUUACUUCUGUUCUGUGGUGUAAUUCAGAGUGAAAGAGGAUUUUCAAUAAGAAAAAUAUGUUGAGCCAGACUUGAUUUUAUCCAUCAUUAGUUAAUUAGGUUGUGAAAAGUGGUCUCUGUAUGACAUGUGGUUGAAAUGUAGGACGUCCCGUUGAUGUCAGCCCAAAAGGAUAGUCGUUUAGAGGAUGAUCAAGUUGUUAUAUUUUGAAGGAAAAUUACUAGGACAACCUUUUUUCAGUGGAAUAUCAUUCACAAUAAGACUUGGGAAAUGUAUUAAAGAUGCUCUAAGCUUCUUUGAACUUCCACGAGACUAAGCCUUUGAAUUAGACACGCCCCCUAUUCCCAAAAAAACGCUUUCCAGAGAUAGUGCUGAGAUGACCACCGAACAGUACAGUAGAGCAGCAGUGCAUCUUCUCAUGGUUUACACACAGCAGAAGCAAAAUAGCAUCCAUAGUUAACAACUUUUAUGAAUCUGAAUAUGACAAAGUCGACAUGAAAUCAAAACUGACCCUAUUUAUUUUAUGAAUCCAUGUUACUGGUCUUAUUGUUUCCCUAACAAAACCCUGUUCCCUACAUCAGACUAGCUUGGUUACAGGCCUGCUAGCUUGAAUUCACAUUUUGAAGGAGUAAAAAUGACGAAAUUGCAGUUGUGUUCGAGUCAUUUAAUGCGUGAAUGCUUCCAGAGGUGAUUGCUUCGGAGUGGAGAAAGUGGCUGGAGUUUAUUCAUAUUUUUUAACGCAGGCAUCUUUUGGAGGUAUCUUUGGAUGUUCAGCAUGAGUAAGUGCUCUCAACCCCCCAAUUAUAAAUUUUGUGUAUUGUGUACUUUAUUCGCUCAUUUCUCAAUGGCUACAGCCUUGACGUAAGCAAAAACUGUGAUGUCCUGUGUGCAUUUAUGGGCAGGUUAUGUAUUAUUGUUGUCGGUUACAUCAUUAGUUUGUUUAGAUCUCUCCAAAAUUUUCCCGGUAACUGCUCCGGCAUUAGUACCAUGGUGUUAGUCUGUGUGUCAACUGCAAACUCGCAUUCAGAUCUGCCGCCUCCAUUCCAGUAUGCAACAGCCACUUUUGACAAUACAAUCAACAACUGAUGGAUAAACUCAAGUCCCCGGCCUACAUUUUUUUUCUUGUUUCACAUUAAGGAAGUAAAGUCGGUCGCAAUGUCCGUUUCAUGCCAACUUUAAACCUGAGUGAUCCAUUUCUAAAUGAUUGACAGGCAUAAACCACAUCAAAGUCUUCUAAUUGGCUGAUCAAAGAAUGUGUCCGCAGUCACAUUUUUGUUUGCUGUUUACACAGUCAAGUGCUGUCACAGAGACCGGUGAGAUAUCUCAACUUUUAUUUUAGGGAUAUCUUUCAGGGAGAAUUUUCUGCAAACCAUUCCUUAAAAAAAAAACGCUUACAGCACCAUUAAUUAAAUUUGGUAAAGGAUUUUUAUUUUUUUAAACACUUUAUGGAGUUUGGGGUUUCUUGCCACAGUCACCUUUGGCUUGCAAACUGUGGGCCUAUAGACAAAUAAUUUUUAAGACACGGUUUUCAAUAACCUUAUACAUUUAAAAUGCAUAAUGAGGACUUGAAGGCAUUACAGACAGUAUAAUUUUCUGUUACAGCAUAAUUUUCUGUAAAGCUCUUUUGAAAUGAUGCGUGUUGUGAAAAUUGCUAUACAAAUAAAAAUGACUUGACAUUUAACUUUAAAGCUGAAGUUUGUACUUUCUGAGCCACCAGCACCAAAUGGAAUUUCAAAAGUAAUUACUGUUUUCAAACAGGUUUCCCAAACACACUACAGCCUUUCUACAAUUUAUUGAAAAAUCAGGUAGUCUUGCUCUAAACUCAUCCAAUUGUUGCUCUGUCCUGCCACUCAAACAGAUCAAUGUUGAAAGCACUACAGUGUUUACAGUUUUUGGG